AUGACCAUCACCGAUCCGCACCCGCUCUCUCACAUUGACGCUUCGGUCUACAUUGACUCUAAGCCUCCUGCCGAAUUCAUGUGGGAUUCGUUCUUGCUGGCCAAGCCGUGCCUGGGGCCGAGGUCGUUUUCAAGGCCGCAGGGCAUGUCCACCAGACAGCAGAGCCUGUCGGCCUCGCAUACAGCUGCCCUGAGCGUCUCCCCGUCCAACGUUGCAACUGCAUCGAGCUCGCCCGGCUCGACGGCCGUCGAGUCUGGGUCCUUCCUGCUCCACCAAGUCCAGGCUGGCGACACACUCGAAGGCAUCUGCAUUGCAUACCAUGUCCAGGCAGAGUCUGUUAAGCGUCUGAACCAGCUCUGGACCAACGACAGCAUCCAUCUGCGCCCAACCCUGCGGAUCCCGUAUAUCCCGGUGCCGGCUGUAACCGAGCCCGCAUUCGAGUUUCCGAGAUUGAGCCACAGCAUCCGCAGCCGUUCCUUACCAUCGAAGCAGAGCAGUGACUUUGGGUCUCGGGCAUCUUCGUCCUCCUUUGCCGAUGACGACGAUGACGACGACGGUGGCGCUCGAGACAAUGCCGGCGGGUCUGCAAAGGUCUCCCGCGAGAGCAUCCCAACCCACACCCACACCCAAACCCACACCCGUUGCGACGGCCGGCCCGACGGCGACGGUGUUGCCGCCAACCAGGAACCUGAGCCCGCUCCUCCGCUGCUCAAGUUUAUGGACACACUCCGGAUCGAGAGAACCCUUGCCAGUUUUGGCGACCAGGUCAAGGGAUGGUCUCGCAGGCCCAGGUCCAGCCAACCCUUCCGAAGGAACCCGGCUGGCCCCGCAUCGAGUGACGAACAAGAUGAUGGCGAAUGGGUCCGCAUGGUCCGCAUGGAUUCCCGCCACGAUCACGAUUGCGAUCCGUGUGAUGCCAACGGUGUUGCUUCCGACGCACAUACCCUUUGA